UGAAACCAUGAAGCACCCAAUACUUUGCCUAUCCUGGUUAUUGGUCCUCCUUAAAGAUAUAUCUGCGCAGAUAGCUAAUUCAGACAAAGAAUGGGUCUCUAAGCCAAAUCCAGAAACUGCUCUCACUGCUUUGUUACCAAAUUGGAAAUACCGUACUUGUACAACAUGGGGGAAUGGAGCAGUUAGAAGAUUUGAUGAUAAUUUCUACCAUUUUACUUCAAAUUGCUACUUCGUUUUGAGUUCCAAUUGCCAAGACCCAAGUAAUCUGAACGUGAAGAUCCUCCGAGGAAAAUCUGGCCAUCUGCGACAUAUUUUCAUUGAAAUAGAAAGUGUUAUGAUUGUUGUAAAUGAAGGGAAUAUUACAGUUAAGGAUCAACACAUAACAGUGCCAUACGAUGACAAGAUAAUCAGCGUUCAGCAAUAUGGGACUUACAUAAAAUUUUCAAAUAGGAAGCAGACUAUGUUUGUACUAUGGAACUUAAAAGAUGAAUUAUCGGUCAAUCUUCAUUCUCGAUAUAAUGCGAAGUUAUGUGGUCUCUGUGGCAAUUUUCCUGCAGGCCAAAAAUUUGAUGCCGUGCUCACUGUCUUUCAAUAUCAGUUGAGUGCUUCAAAUGACCCCUGUGAGACCAUCAUUUCAGAGAAAACAAAAUGCGCAAAGGCUCAAGACUGUAAAAAGUUACAGAACUAUUUCCAGAAAUGCACUACCAGCGACAUUUUAAGGAAAUAUAUGCAAAUUUGUCUGAAGGAUGUUUGCUCUCAGGAAGCUGGACAAAUUAACAUUGUAUGCAAUACUUUUGAAGAAACAGCACGCCAGUGUGCAACAGCAACUUAUAGUCAAUGGCAAAAUUGGCGGAAUGAUUUAAAAUGUGCACCACCUAGUUGCCCAGAGAAUCAAGUUUAUAAAGAGUAUGGAUCCUCCUGCAUUCCAACCUGUACUGACCCAGAUCCCCAAAGUCAAUGUGAUAAAUGUGUGAAUACAUGUGAUUGUCCAGAAGGAAUGGUUCUUGAUGAUAUAAGAAACACUAAAAGAUGCAUUCAGAAAAAAGAGUGCCCCUGUACAUGUGGUGAGAAAAUUUAUUUGAAUGGGGAACUAAAACUUGACAACUGCCAGCUAUGCACCUGCAAAAGUGGGGAAUGGAUAUGCUACAAAUUAAAAUGCCCUCAAAUAUGUAAAUUUGAAGAAGGAAACCAUAUUACAACAUUUGAUCAGAAAAGCUAUCAGAUGAUGGGUGAUUGUACAUAUGUUGCUGCUGUUGCUUCUUCUUGGAUAAUAACUGUUGAGAUGCAUCCAUGCCAAGAAGGUCAUCAACAGAUUUGUUUAGACAGUGUUACGUUCAUAGGAAAUAAGGCAAGUCUUUUACUAUUGCUUCUUUACAAAAUUGCUUCACAUCUGCAUUGAAUUUCAUAAAUAAUGCAAAGCAAUAUCAAUUUUUCCAUAGAUUGGCACAUAUAAUAUCAAAAAGACUGGUGUUGUUUCCUCUAAUGGAAUUCCAGUUACACUACC